AUGCGCCCCCCUGUCGCAGGGGCUUCCCCGCUGGUCAGAGGGGCAGAGGGGCCGUUGUGUGAAGUGCCUUCCACCGAAAGCCCCGGUUCCCCCAGGGCCGGGAAGGCUGUCCACCUUGAGGCCCCCUUCGAGGCCCCAGGCCAACUGGCGGAGGGGGCUCUGCCUGGCGCGCGUCCCGUCGAAAGCCCCGGGCCCGGCGCCCCCGCCUACGCCCACUGCCCCCCGGACUAA